UAGUCUAUCAAAGAGCUCAGUGUAACUUGGAUUACUGAAACAUGUGCACUGUUAACAAGUGAAUCUAUACUUUUUCAUUCCGCUCACAUUGAUAUAAUAAAUUGAGACCGACCUUGACAAAUGAUAAGGUGUUAUCAAUUGAUAAGACAAUUCUCAUUAUCAAUUUGUAUUUAUAAAUUUCAAUUCAACUCAGUUAUUUUUUGCAUUUUAAACAACGAUGGAAAGUUUUAAUUUAAAAGAAACUCUUGAAAAAUAUCUGCCUGAGCCAGAACUUUCAAAAGUAACAUCACUCUUGUAUGGAUCCAAUUGUCAAGACAUUACAAAAGAUUUAAAAUUUUACAAAAAAGAUGAAGAUAGUAAUUUGGAAUUUAAAGCAUACAGUCUUGUUGAUACAGCUGUUGAAGAAUCAACAAAUCAACGUAAAAUUGUACGAAUUGGUUUGAUACAAAAUUCAAUUGUUCUACCAACAAAUUCACCAAUUAAUGAUCAAAGAAAUGCUCUACAUAAUCAUAUUGAAAAUAUUAUUAAUUCAGCACGAGAUUGUGGAAUAAAUAUUUUAUGUCUUCAAGAAGCCUGGACAAUGCCAUUUGCAUUUUGUACUCGUGAAAAAUAUCCAUGGAUGGAAUUUGCUGAGGACGCUGAGACUGGACCAAGUACAUUAUUUUUAUCAAAAAUUGCUAGAGCUCAUAAAAUGAUAAUAAUAUCACCAAUAUUAGAACGUGAUUCAGUUCAUGGUGAUACUGUUUGGAAUACUUGUGUUGUGAUUGAUGUUGAUGGCAAAGUAUUGGGUAAACAUAGAAAAAAUCAUAUUCCAAGAGUUGGAGAUUUUAAUGAAUCAACUUAUUAUUUUGAGGGUGAUACUGGUCAUCCAGUAUUUGAUACUUGUUAUGGUAAAAUUGCAAUAAAUAUUUGUUAUGGACGACAUCAUCCACUCAACUGGACAAUGUUUGGCAUCAAUGGAGCUGAGAUUGUUUUUAAUCCGUCUGCUACUGUUGGAUCAUUGUCGGAACCUUUGUGGCCAAUUGAAGCUCGUUGUGCAGCAAUUGCAAAUAGUUAUUAUACUUGUGCUAUAAAUCGUGUUGGAACUGAAAUAUUUCCAAAUGAAUUUACAUCGGGAAAUAAAAAACCAGCUCAUAAAGAUUUUGGACAUUUUUAUGGUUCAAGUUAUGUUACUGCACCUGAUGGCACUCGCACACCAGGACUAUCACGAGACAAAGAUGGUAUUAUGGUGGUUGAAUUAGAUCUCAAUGCUUGCAGGCAAGCCAAGGACAAUUGGGGAUUUCGUAUGACCCAACGACUUGACAUGUAUGCAAAUAAAUUUCAGGAAGCUAUUAAAGCCGACUUUGAGCCACAAAUUAUCAAGAAAAAAUAAUUAACAAUAUUGUCUGUUAAUUUCAAUUAAAAAUCAAAUUUAUAUUUUGUUUUUUUUUUUUUGCUACGAAAUAAAAAUUUUAUUCAUUAAAUUAAUCAAGUUUUGUUUAUUAAUUUUUAUUUUGUUAUUUAUUUACUAUUAUUUUUAAUUUUAAAAUGAAUUUUAAAUAGUUUGAAAUUUUUUUUUUUUAUCAAUUCUAAAUGUAUAUCAAAACAAGUUUUUUUAAAACGCCCAAAAAGAAAUGUAAAAUAAUAAUAAAUAUGUUGUCUAAUUUUCUUAUUAUUUUAAAAUAAAUACUUAUCGUAAAGAAUAACAUGUUAUUUUUAAUUUUGUAAACAAUUAACACUCUACCUAGAAAUAAUUUCAUCCUAAUCUGUCAAUAGUUUGAUAAAAAAAUAACGUUAAUUAAAAACCUAAAGACGAAUGAAUGGAAUAAUAAAGAAAAUACAA